UUCCUCACUCGUCAGCCAUAGACGACACCUCCAUUCUUCUUCUUCAGAGCUCUCUCUCUCUCUCUCUCUCUCUCCUGCGACUGAUUGCUUUGUAGUUCGUUCAGAUCACAUUCCCCCACGCCCUUCUCUUCUCACAACUCCCUCGCAUUUCCUUCUUCUUCUGCAGCUCGGUCACUGCUUCGACUCUUCCUCCAUUCCCAGCUGAUUCCUUUCCAAUUCCUUCCCCAGCAGGCCUCAGACUUCCUUUCCUCCGAUUUCAGCUGUGACUGUGAACCUUCGGGCUGUUCCCGCUUCGACUCGAGUUUGACCUCCUGGACUGUAGCUGACCUGAGCUGAGCGACAGCUAUGCUCGAUUCCGGCGUUGCAACAGAUUGGGCGUGGGCCGGGCGCGUGAAUUCGGAGCUCGCAUGGGGUUUGGCGAAGCUUCUUAAUGGGGUUUUAGUGAAUGGUCGAAGUAGUGAAAGCGCCUGAAAAUUGUGGGGUUUCGUUUGGGGGAGAAGAGGGGUUUUCCGGGCCAUGUUGAGGGCGGACAGAACUGCAGCUUCGGAUCUCAGCAGGUCCGACCCGGUCGAGAGGGACAUUGAGCAGGCUAUUACUGCUCUGAAGAAAGGUGCUUAUUUGCUCAAAUAUGGAAGAAGGGGGAAGCCUAAGUUUUGUCCUUUCCGACUUUCCAAUGAUGAGUCCAUUUUGAUAUGGUUCUCUGGGAAGAUGGAGAAGCACCUAAGACUAAGCCAUGUGUCAAGAAUAAUAUCUGGGCAGCGAACACCAAUCUUUCAAAGGUACCCAAGGCCGGAGAAGGAGUACCAGUCAUUUUCUCUUAUUUACAGUGACAGAUCCUUGGAUCUGAUAUGCAAGGAUAAAGAUGAAGCUGAGGUGUGGUUUAGUGGCUUAAAAGCAUUAAUCUCGCGAUGCCAUAACCGGAAGUGGAGAACAGAAUCAAGAAGUGAUGAAAUUCCAUCCGAGGCGAAUAGUCCGAGAACUGAUACGCGACGAAGUUCUCCAUUGAAUUCUCCAUUUGGUAGUAACAACAGCUUCCAGAAGGACAGUGGAGAUCAUCUUCGUCUUCACAGCCCAUACGAAAGUCCUCCUAAGAAUGGUUUUGACAAGGCAUUCUCUGGUAUGGCACUGUAUGCUGCACCUGCCAAGGGUGGUUUUUUCCCCUCGGACUCUGCUAGUGGUUCUGUCCAUUCAUUGUCAUCAGGAGGCUCAGAUAGCGUCCACGGUCAGAUGAGGCCAAUGGCGAUGGAUGCUUUUAGGUAUAGCUUAUCGAGUGCUGUGAGCUCAUCAAGUCAGGGCUCUGGUCAUGAUGAUGGAGACGCCCUUGGUGAUGUUUUUAUUUGGGGAGAAGGCACUGGGGAUGGUGUUUUAGGUGGUGGAACUCAUAGGAUAGGAAGUUGUUCUGGUGCUAAAAUGGAUUUCCUCCUCCCUAAAGCCUUAGAAUCUGCAGUAGUUCUUGAUGUUCAGAACAUUGCUUGUGGUGCAAAACAUGCUUCAUUGGUGACUAAACAAGGAGAGGUUUUCUCCUGGGGUGAGGAAUCAGGAGGCAGGCUCGGACAUGGAGUUGAUGCUGAUGUUCCACACCCGAAGUUAAUUGAUGGCCUCAGUAACACAAAUAUAGAGCUUGUAGCAUGUGGGGACCACCACACUUGUGCAGUGACUCUCUCUGGUGAUCUAUACACCUGGGGUGAUGGAACUUAUGGUCUUCUCGGGCAUGGGAAUGAAGUGAGUCAUUGGGUGCCAAAACGAGUCAAUGGUCCCCUAGAAGGUAUUCAUGUCUCCUCUAUAUCUUGCGGUCCUUGGCACACUGCUGUUGUAACUUCUUCAGGACAGUUGUUUACUUUUGGUGAUGGGACAUUCGGUGUUUUGGGUCAUGGAGAUCGUAGAAAUGUUUCAAUCCCGAGGGAAGUGGAAUCACUUAAGGGGCUUCGAACUGUUCGGGCGGCUUGUGGGGUUUGGCACACAGCUGCUGUUGUAGAAGUAAUGGUUGGGAAUUCGAGUUCUAGCAAUUGUUCAUCUGGCAAGCUCUUUACUUGGGGUGAUGGAGAUAAAGGUCGACUGGGGCAUGGUGACAAGGAACCAAAACUUGUGCCUACUUGCGUUGCUGCUUUGGUUGAGCCCAACUUUUGUCAAGUUGCCUGUGGGCAUAGUUUGACAGUAGCUCUUACAACAUCGGGUCAUGUAUACACUAUGGGAAGCCCAGUUUAUGGCCAGUUGGGAAAUCCACAUUCCGAUGGAAAGCUCCCAACUCGUGUAGAAGGAAAGCUUGCAAAGAGUUUUGUGGAGGAGAUAGCUUGCGGUGCUUAUCAUGUUGCUGUUUUAACUUCGAGAACAGAAGUUUAUACUUGGGGAAAAGGCGCCAAUGGUAGGUUAGGCCAUGGGGACUCGGAUGAUAGAAACUCUCCCACUCUUGUUGAGGCCCUUAAAGACAAGCAAGUUAAGAGUGUUGCCUGUGGGACUUACUUCACUGCAGCUAUCUGCCUUCACAAAUGGGUUUCAGGAAUCGAUCAGUCGAUGUGUUCAGGCUGUCGCCUACCAUUUAAUUUCAAGAGAAAACGCCAUAAUUGCUACAACUGCGGACUUGUUUUUUGUCACUCUUGUAGCAGUAAGAAAUCACUCAAGGCUUCUAUGGCUCCAAAUCCUAGCAAGCCUUAUCGAGUCUGUGAUAGUUGUUAUAACAAGCUAAGGAAAGCUAUCGAGACUGAUGCGUCGUCUCACUCCUCAAUAAGUAGAAGAGGAAGCAUCAAUGUGGGACUAAACGAAUUGAUUGAUAAAGAUGAGAAGUUGGACACUAGAUCUCGUUCCCAGCUCGUUAGGUUCUCAUCAAUGGAGUCCUUAAAGCAGACGGAAAGCCGAUCUUCCAAGAAGAAUAAGAAGCUGGAAUUUAACAGCGGUCGUGUCUCGCCCGUGCAUGGUGGUGGUUCCCAAUGGGGAACACUUAACAUCUCGAAAUCAUUCAAUCCUGUGUUUGGGUCAUCCAAAAAGUUCUUUUCUGCUUCAGUUCCUGGCUCCAGAAUCAUUUCUCGGGCAACAUCACCAAUAUCAAGGCGCCCAAGCCCGCCUCGCUCCACUACACCGACCCCAACCCUAGGUGGGCUCACUUCACCUAAAAUUGUUGUAGAUGAUGCUAAAAGGACAAACGAUAGCCUAAGCCAAGAGGUUCUACAACUGAGAGCUCAGGUGGAAACUUUGAAUCGCAAAGCCCAACUCCAAGAUCUUGAGCUAGAAAAAUUGACUAAGCAGCUGAAGGAUGCAGUUGCAAUUGCUGGGGAAGAGAGUGCAAAAUGCAAAGCUGCCAAGGAAGUGAUCAAGUCGCUUACUGCCCAAUUGAAGGACAUGGCUGAAAGGUUGCCUGUGGGAGCUGCUUGGAACGUGAAAUCCCCCGUCUUGGGCUCAAAUCUUGCUUCUCUUGACAUUUGCUAUCCUUCUGUAGAACGGUUGAAUGGUCAAGAGCUAGACUUGAACACAUCAGGUAGUCAUCUCCCUUCUAAUGGCUCGAUUGCCUCUAGUAACCACAGUUCAAGUCACAGCAGGCAAGGCAAUUCAGAAGCAACCACUAGGAAUGGGAAUAGCAAGACAAAAGAAGGUGACUCCCAUAAUGAGACUGAAUGGGUAGAGCAAGAUGAGCCGGGUGUCUAUAUAACACUGACGUCCCUACCAGGUGGUGCCAAAGAUCUCAAGAGAGUCCGGUUCAGUCGGAAACGGUUCAGCGAGAAACAAGCCGAACAAUGGUGGGCUGAGAACCGAGCCAGAGUGUACGAACAAUACAACGUUCGCGCUACUGACAAAUCAGGAAGUGUUCUCGGGAGCGAGCGAUGAUUUGGCUCAUUGAGAUACCUGCAGAGAAAAAGAAAAAGAAGACAAUCGUGUAUUGUAAAUGAAAUGACAUCCUUCGACACAUUGCCCUCCGAGUCGCAGCUCGGGACAAUGCACUGAUUAGUUGGGUUAGAAGCUUUCAGGUUUGAUCGGCAUUGGAGGCUGGGGAGAAAUAUCUUUUAGGGUUUUCAAUUGAUGAUUUUGUAUUUUUUUCUCCUCAUCCUCGCGGGUUUUUUUAUCCCACUCUCUUUUUUUUUUUAAUUUUCUUAUAUUUGAUUUUCUUAUUUUUCAUUUAGAGUGAAAAAAAAUUUGUGUGGAGAGGUUCGCCAAGGGAAUGUAAAUACUUAGCACGCGGGCUCCUAUUGAAGAAGCUGCAUUUGUAAAUUCAUAAAUUAUGAUUCUACUGAGUUGAAAACACGAUAUAGGCUUAUUUGGUUCGACA